AUGGAUGAUCAAAGAACAUUAAGGCAGUUUGCUGCUCCUGAUGCUAAUUAUAAUGAAUUUUGUAUUGAAUAUUCUGAUGUUUCGGUUCCUUUUGAAUUGAAAUCUGGAUUAGGGUUUUCUGUUUCUCCGAUUUCGUCCGCCUCUCCAAUUUUUUCGUCGUCCUCUACUGAUUCUCUUCCUCUCUAUUUAUGUUCUGCAGCUUUAGGGUUUUCGGUUUGUGAAAAAAAUAUUGAAGAUUCAAAGGAGGUUUCGGUUGUGCCUUACCCUUCGUUGCUUGUUGCAGAUAAAACCAUGGCUAAAUAUGCUCCUCAAGCUGCAAAUAACCUUGGUGAAGACUUUUACAAAGUAAUAUUGCAAGAAGAACCCUUCAAGUCAACAACGGUGGGAUCAAUGCUGAAAUUAUACCGAUGGGCACCUUUUGUUCCAGUUGCAAAAAAUAGUGCUAUGUUGACCGUCUUACUGCUUCUCUCAAAAUAUCGGCUAAGGAAUGUACCGGUGAUAGAACCUGGUAAUCCAAACAUUGUAAACUUCAUUACUCAGUCAGCAGUUGUCCAAGGCACAAAAGGAUGCAGAGGAAGAGAUUGGUUCGACAGCAUUGCAGCCAGACCUCUAUCUGAUCUUGGACUUCCUUUUAUGUCUACUGAUAAGGUUAUUAGUGUCCAGAGCAAUGAAUUGAUUCUUGAAGCUUUCAAGAUUAUGAGGGAUCAUCAAAUUGGUGGUCUUCCUGUUGUAGAGGGGUCGACUAAAACAAUUGUUGGAAAUUUGAGCAUUAGAGACAUCAGAUACUUGUUGCUAAAGCCUGAAAUCUUCUCCAAUUUCAGGUUUCUCCUUCACCAUCUCUUUAUUUUGACUUUCAGGAACCUCACAGUCAUGGAUUACAUGAAGAAAAUUGUCUCAGCAUCCUAUGAACCUGGAACUUCUUAGAGCAAUGAAUUUGAUGGUCCUCACU